UAUGAGCCACCACCGAUAACAAUUUACACCAACGCAAACUCAAAUAACAAUAGCUUGCUGUGUCUUACAAGACACUACCAACUCAACCAAAGCCAACUGACAAUGGCGGAGCUUCAAGCCUACUUCGAACAUCAAGCCGAUUCUGUGAUGCCCAGAGUCAUUUCUAUUCUCUCUUUUCUUCUUCAACGUGUUGCUGAUUCUAAUGAUUUUAGCUGUCGUCUUCAACCCCAUAAGCUCUCUGCAUUUCAUGGCCUCACUCGCCCUACCAUUUCCCUUGAAAGCUAUCUCGAGAGGAUCUUUAAGUACGCAAAUUGUAGCCCUUCUUGCUUCGUUAUUGCCUAUGUUUAUCUUGAUCGUUUCGCGCUAAAACAGCCCUCUUUGCCCAUCAAUUCUUUCACUGUGCAUCGGUUGCUUAUAACCAGCGUUUUGGUCUCCGCCAAGUUCAUGGAUGAUAUCUAUUGUAACAAUGCGUUUUAUGCCAAAGUUGGGGGAAUAAGCACAGCAGAAAUGAACUUGCUUGAGGUGGACUUCUUGUUUGGUUUAGGGUUCCACUUAAACGUGACACCCACCACAUUCCAAACCUACUGUUCCUUUCUUCAGAAAGAAAUGUUUUUGCAAUUUCCUCUGCAUUUACCAGAUCCUCCUCUAAACAUGGACAGACAACUAAACCGCCAUUGUUGUUUCACUGAAGAUGAAUCAGCCCAUCACAAACAACUCGCCGUUUAGUCGCUUUUCUUAGAAAUUUCUACAAGUGAUUUCGUGUAGUAUUGAAAUAUUAAAGUUAAAGGGAAUAGUUUGAUUAUUACCUCAAUGUGGACCCGGUUUGAAAGGACUUACCAUCUCUAUAAAUGCAAUACAAACUGCUCAUGCGUGAUGAUUUUGUAAAUACAGUUGUUUGAAAGUAAACCGCCUAAUAGAACAAUUAGUUGGCAAUUAGACUUUUGCAUUGAAUUGUUUUUUGAAAUAAGCCGUGGACACGUAAUGUACAGAUGGGCAUUUUGUCUUUACAGUCAGGCGAAUAUGGAGAAGCUGAAAUUAAUUAAGAUCUCCAAAGUGUAAUGCUGGCUCCAACUGUUGUGGAUAUUAAAGAAACGAUACGUUUUUGGCUAAGUGUAAAA